AUGUCUCCUUCGAGCGUAAUCAGUACUACUCCAAGUCCGCUUCCAUUUACGUUACUCGAGUUGUCCACUAAAAGGGUCCACUUGGAGGGUGAUUCGCCGUUCAUGCAUAAUAACUCACUUUCUGCUUGGGUGGUGGUAUUCGAGGUGAAGUCAGCAAUGAAAUCGGCCAAGGCCUGGGAUUUGACGGCGGUGCGAGGCUGGUACGAUAUGUCAAACUCACUGAGCUCUACUGUCCACUAUAGGAGUCAGCCUGAUAGUUCUGGUUUGUGCAGUAUCUUCUUGAGUGGGAAGGAGCUCUCCGUCUGGGAGGAGACCCUUCCUGAAGGCAUCUACGGCUGUCUCAGGGUUGCAUGCAGGGAUGGAAAUCUUCUCUUUGUUAAACCUGCUGACAUACUCUCUCAAUGGACCUACAUUCCUGGAAUGCGUCGCAUCACUGCUUCCACAUCGGCCAAUCUCUUGGCUAGUACCUGUUCCAUAGGAGAAGGGGAUGCCACUAGGUCAUCCCGCAUGACCGAGUCGGCCUUUGCGUUUGUUUUUGCCUCUUUGGGAUUGGGCCUGGUCUCUUCCUUAUCGGUGGUCCUGUUUUCUGUCUUGGUAUUGCUUGUGUCAACAAGUAGAGGUCAGUCAAUUUUCGAUGUGACAAAAGAAGGUGCAAAGAUUGGAGCUGAUAUCAACCAGGCUUUAACCAGAUCGUGGAACAAAGCAUGUGCGUCAACUAUUCCAAGCAAAGUGUUUAUUCCAAAGGGGAUAUUCUUAUUAAGUCCUGUGACUUUUGAAGGUCCCUGCAAGGCUGCUAUUGAGGUUGCAGUUCAAGGCACCCUUAAGGCCUUAACUGAUAGCAAAGUGACGAAGGAUGGAAGUUGGAUUACUUUCCAACGUAUCCAACACUUCACAUUGUCAGGUGGUGGAACUUUCGAUGGCCAAGGAGCCUCUGCUUGGGGUACUUGUGGCGAAAACUUUUGCAAACAACUUCCCAUUAAUAUAAGGUUCGACUUCAUCACCCAUGGUUUUGUCCAGAAUAUAAGAUCCUUGAACAGCAAACAAUUUCAUAUUAAUGUCCUAGGUUGCAACAACUUAACUUUUCAACGCUUUUACAUUAUUGCCCCUGCUGAUAGCCACAACACUGACGGAAUCCAUAUUGGGAGAUCUAGUGGAAUCAACAUAAUAGAUUCAUUCAUCAAAACAGGUGAUGAUUGUGUCUCCAUUGGUGAUGGUAGCAAAAAUAUAUCAAUCACUAAUGUUAGAUGCGGACCUGGUCAUGGUAUCAGUAUAGGAAGCUUAGGAAAGUUUGAGAAAGAAGAGCCAGUGUUUGGAGUCACUGUCAAGAAUUGCACUUUAACGAAUACUGACAACGGUGUUAGAAUAAAAACUUGGCCAGCUUCUACUGUUAACUCUGCAUCUAUGAUUCAUUUUGAAGACAUUAACAUGAUUAAUGUCAGCAAUCCUAUCCUCAUAGAUCAAGUAUACUGUCCAUGGAAUCAAUGCAAUACAAAGGUUCCAUCACGUGUUAAGCUUAGUAACAUUAGCUUCAAGAAAAUUCGGGGCACUUCUGCUACUCCUAUUGCUAUGAAACUUGCUUGUAGUAGUGGCACACCAUGUGAAGGUGUGGAGGUUGCUGAUAUUCAACUUAAAUACAUUGGAAAAGGACCAGCAAAAUCUGAAUGCAGUAACAUCAGACCCAAGAGUUCUGGUGUAAUGGACCCGCCUGCAUGCAGGGGUUGA